UUCGAGCAAGUGACGUCAUCGAAUUUGAAACGUUCGUAGCAGUUCUGCUUUGAUCGGUAGGUGGCAGCAUAAUUUUCACAAUUUUCCAAAAGUCGAGAACGCCACCAUUUUGAGCCGUUGAUUUUCUGCUACCGAGUCGUACACACGUCCACCAGUUUCCAAAAUGUCGGCGAAAGCUGUUGCAACCCUUGCUAAACCAAAGAUGAGGGGUCUGUUGACUGACCAGAUUAAGAUGCACUUGGUUGUUGCUACCGUUCUGUCUUUUGGAACUAUGUUCGCAUACAAGUUCCUAGUUGCUGACCAGAGAAAACUGGCAUAUGCUGAGUUUUACAGGACAUACGACAUUGAGAAGGAGUACAACAGGAUGAAGCAAGCUGGAAUCUUCACUGCAGCCCGACCAGCAUAAUUGUUGAAUUAAUGAAGGAAUAUGCUAGACUCUUGAUAAUGUGAAUAUAGAUGUCAAUAAAAAUGAAAACCAUAGUAA